ACUGGUCUUCCAGUUAAUUCUGAAACACCAAAAGUCGCGAUCGUAGUCCUCGUCUACGGAGAAGAAGACCGAAGCCGCAAGAGGUUUAGUGAGCAAUUCGUGGGAGAUAAGGAAGUUCAUACUCGAGUGUACUGGUGUGUGAUAAGAAAGCAUUCUUGUUUUUGACUGACUUUUUGAACUGUAAUAGACUUUCCCGAUCUUGGGGGAUCAUCAGUGGAAUUGAUCGGGUGAACUGAACGUGAUAACUAAUUGUGAUUUGAUUUACGUUGUGAUUGACGUCUUACCAAUUUGAAGCACCUUCAAGUUUAAUAUCUGUUCGCGCUGAGUGGAUCGGAGCAUCGGUGCUCAAAGAAUUGGAUGGUGAAGACGAACCGGUAUCGAACGAGCGGUAUCAGCAGGGACGUGCCACAGGAAGGACAUAUACUGGUCGGGGUUCAGCAGCAAAAGUGGCUGAUUAAUCUACAAGAUUCGACCAAACUAGCAGACUUACUUUUUGAUCAGUGUGGAGACUGUAACAAAAUGGCUUGCCUUCCACAAUCAGCAUUCGCAGUGCACAAACUGCGUAAGCCGCAAAACGAGAAGGAUCUUGCUGUGGCACGCCUCAGCACCGAUAAGCAGGACGCGCCGCGCUACACAACGGCAGUAACGCUUGACCUCACACCGGUCAAGUAUAGCGAUAAGCUGAUGAACAGCAUCUGGGGCCUCUACAAUCGCUAUUCACCGCACAACUUCAAGAAGAACAACGGUUCCAGCGAGCAGUACUUUGGCAUGCAACAGCCAUUUGCUGUUGCAUGCGCCGCUUCAGAGCCAUCGAAUUCUGAAGCCAAGUACGGCCCAAACAAGAAGUGAGGAGGUGCUUUUUGGGAGCCGUUAGUUCGUUAGUUGGAACUAGAAUGUAGUGAUAUAUAGAUGUGGUAUCCACCGUGAUAUGUUUGUUUGGCGUAGGGUUUCAAAAUUUAUGACUUUUUUUUAUAAUUAUACGAGAACAAAGAAUCUAAUAAAGUAUAUGAUGAUAUGCUCAUAGAUAGGAACACAAUGUAAUAAAA